UCUCCAUUCAGACAUCCUCAGCCAAUAGGUCCAACAUAGCUGGUUCAGCCAACUUUUCACCAACAAGAUGGCCCCAACUUCCAUCAUCUUCCUACUCACCGCUGCAGGCCUCGUUGGUCAGGCGGUUGCCCAGACUACUUUUGCCUGCCCUGGCGAUGCCGGGAAGACCAUCACAACCGGCGGCAAGGUAUACACUUUGAAGUGCGGCGUCGGAAUCGAGGGGAGACCCCUGGAGGGCAAUCCUUGUCCGUCGCUCGCCGAGUGCGCCACGCGAUGUGCGAGCAACCCCCAGUGCGACCACAGCAGUCUCGACAAGGCUGGGAAGUGCUAUUUGAAGGUCAACGACAAGGAGUUCAGCCUCGCGACUCUUUCCACCUGGAUCUUCAAGGAGCUUGCCCCCAGCACGCCCCAGACGCCUAUCGGCAACAGCAACACGGGCGGCGGCGGCGCUGGCGCCCAAGUUCCCAUCGGCACCGGUGGCGGCCAGAACACGGGCAACACGGGCAACACGGGCAACACGGGCAACACGGGCAACACAGGCAUCACGAGGCCGCCCACCGGAGAGGAGGGUGACAACUUGGCUUCCUACUCCUGCCCCGGGGACAAAGGGGCGCGCUACAGCACGAACGGCAUCGUCUAUGAGCUUCACUGCGAUACCGGGCACUCUUUGGGUGCUUGGAAGUCCGAGCCGGCCUCUUCUCUCAAGGAGUGUGCCGACAUUUGCGCCAGAGACCCCGACUGCUUCAGCAGCGACUUCCACCGGAACAGCUACACCUGUGCGCUGAAGAAGGCACCGGCCCAGCUGACCCCUUGGGCGUCCGGCGAUGCUUGGUGGCCUACUCAGUGCCCCAAGGCUCGGGCUGCUGUGGCCAACAAGAACCCCGAGGUCACGACAGACCUCACCUGUCCCGGAAACGACGGAAAGAUCUUUGAGGGAUCCGACGGCACCUGGUUCUACCUCCAAUGCUGCACCGACACCGAUGCUGCCGUGAUCCUCGACUACAAGACGACGACCAGCCAGAAGGAGUGCUCCGAGGAGUGCGUCAAGGACAAGAAGUGCAAGAGCUUCAUGUACAUCCCGACUCUGGCUGCCUCGACCGCGGCCCAGGCGAACUGCAGACUGUACGCCAACGGCAACUUCUCUAACUCCAAGGCAGAGGGGGCUCACUUCGCCUUCGUCACCGAUCCUCCCACCAAGGAGCCCGUCAUCUCUGACGCCAAACUGUGCUCGACGGAGUGCCCCGAGGCCGAUGGCCAACUCUUUGUGACGCCCACAGGCCAGAACUACCAGAUCUCGUGCAAGAAGCGCCACGGCACCUCAUACCUCAAGAUCGACCGCCGCGGCUCCUUCGAGGCCUGCAUGACGGCCUGCGCCGCCAUGCCUGCUUGCCACAGCGCCGAGUUCGAGCCGCGGACCAAGAAGUGCUUCUACAGCAACAACCACAACGCGCCCGCCAUCGACGCCGAGGCCUUCGUUAGCGCCCACUCGCUCGGCUGCUCCGGCGCCUGCUCCAGCUGCAAGAAGGGCUGCGACCGGCUCGGCGCCGACCCGAUGCCGGCCGACGCCGCCGCCUGCGACGCUGACCACGGCAAGGUCCUCGCGGCCGCCGGCGAGGACUUCCGGCUGCAGUGCGCCCACUGCUUCUACAGCAACGGCGUCUGGACCGCCGCCGGCGCCAAGAACCUGGCCGAGUGCGCUACGGCGUGUGCCGGCGACGAGCAGUGCCACGCCGCGAACUGGCUCGUCGCCGCCGGCAAGUGUACGCACCAUGGCCCCGCGCGAAACGGCGGGCAGAAGCCCUCCUUCGGCCAGUCCGAGGAAUGCCACGCCAUCGUGCCCCUCGAUCGCAGCUGCGCCGACACUAGCACGCUCCAGCAACAGUAG